AUGGCACAACCGUCGCAGACACCCGGCUUGGACACUCUCGCCGAGAGCUCGCAUUACGCUCUGGAGCAAAUGCGUCUUGCGCGCGAAGUCGAUAUGAACAACAGCAGUAGCAGCAACGGCAACAAUGAUUUCGUCAAAAAGGAUAAUAAGGCCAUUGCGGAUUCUGGCUCAAGAAUGCAGAUUAUGCGCAGUCCGCUUUCAGAUACGAGGGCUGGUAUUCGCAAGCAUUCUGCUGAUACGGCGGCGGUGCGGCGCCGGAUUAGUCGAGCUUGCGAUCAGUAUUCCGGUCUGAGUUGCGAAUAUGCUAGAGAAAGAAAAAAGCGCGGAAAAGCAUCAAAAAAAGAUAUCGCAGAAGCCGCUGCGAAAGCUGGUGGUGGUGCUCGCGAACCUGGUACUCCCGGCUACGAGACGGUUCCAGAUCAGUCAUCUCAAUUGUCGGCGGUCAUGGCCUCAGAGUCUGAUGCGCGGCUGAGUCAGUCGAGACGCUCGUUUUCAGCGUCGCAGGUCGCAGACCAACAACCGGGUCUUGCUAGUCUGCGCGAACUUGCGCAACAGCAGCAACAGCAGCAGCAGCCAUCACAAACGAGAUCAAGACAGUUCUUCCCAUCGAACAUGAAUUCAAUGACGAUGAAUGGAUAUGGACAGGUGCAGAAUGUAGAUCGAUCGUUCAUUCAGAUGCCUGAUCUGCGAGACUUGCAGCCGAGGUCGCCAUCUGCGAUAGUUCCGGUUGGGUUAAAUGGGUUUCACGAUGCGUACAUGGUUGAUCACGCGCCGACCAAUAUGAAUCAAUAUCAAUACCCACAGUCUGGAGAAGAAAAUACAGCAAACCACUUUACUGGCCUCACUCCUCCUGUCCAGUCGCCCGGGUGGUUACCCUUGCCUGCGCCAUCCGUGGGGUUUCCAUCGCUGAAUAUGUCGAAUGGUUUCACUAGCACAUUGAAAUAUCCCGUGCUAGAGCCAUUGUUACCUCAUAUUGUUUCGAUCAUUCCGCAGUCGCUGGCGUGUGAUUUGCUCGACCUCUACUUUGCCAGCACGUCUGCCUCACAUAUCUUUCCCCAGUCACCUCCCGCUUUAUUGGCGAGCAUGCUCUGGGUAGCAGCUCAGACUAGCGAUGCGCCGUUUUUGACAUCACCUCCGUCAGCGCGAGGAAGGGUCUGUCAGAAGUUACUGGAGCUUACAGUUGGCUUGCUACGACCCUUAAUACAUGGUCCUACGCCCGGAGAAACGUCGCCUAAUUACGCUGCCAAUGCGGUCAUCAACGGAGUUGCGCUAGGCGGAUUCGGUGUAUCUAUGGAUCAGCUCGGUGCACAAAGCAGCGCUACCGGAGCAGUCGACGACGUUGCCACAUACAUUCACCUAGCGACUGUGGUAUCAGCCAGCGAGUACAAGGCUGCAAGCAUCCGCUGGUGGGCUGCAGCAUGGUCUCUAGCACGCGAACUAAAACUCGGACGUGAACUUCCGCCAACGCCCUCGCAGCCUCAGAAUCAUGACCGAGAUGGCACUAUUGAGAUAGAGCCCAAACCGACGCGAGAUACGAGCCAUGUCACCGAAGAAGAACGAGAAGAACGUAGGCGAAUAUGGUGGCUUCUCUACGUGAUGGAUCGCCAUUUGGCGUUAUGCUACAACCGGCCGUUGACAUUACUGGAUAAAGAGUGUGAAGGGUUGCUACAGCCGAUGAACGACGAUAUUUGGCACAGAGGCGAGCUUGUGAAUGCCGGUUACCGACGAGCAGGUCCCAGCUUUGAAUGUACAGGCCACGGCAUGUUUGGGUACUUCCUACCGUUGAUGACUAUUCUUGGUGAAAUCGUCGAUUUGAAUCAUGCGCGGAACCAUCCUCGGUUUGGUAUUCAUUUUCGAACGAGCGGCGAGUGGGAUAGUCAUACUGUGGAGAUUACUCGACAGCUCGAUGUCUACGAACAGAGUCUACGCGAGUUUGAGACUCGACAUACGGCGAGUUUGGGCAUUGGAAAUGAGGGCGCUGCUGAUGCUGGAUUCAAUGCUACAGCACCCACAGGGAUUGAUCAUGUCAGUCCAUCAGCGAGAUCGUCGAGCACAGUGGGAUCCCGAGUCAAUGAAUCGCUUAUGCAGACCAAAAUGGUCGUCGCAUACGGCACCUACCUCAUGCACGUUUUACAUAUUCUGCUCGUCGGAAAGUGGGACCCGAUCUCUUUACUAGACGAUAACGAUCUCUGGAUUUCAUCAGAAGCCUUCAUCACAGCUAUGGGCCACGCCGUCAAGGCCGCCGAAGCAGCGUCCGAUAUAUUAGAAUACGACCCAGAUUUGAGUUUUAUGCCAUUCUUCUUCGGCAUUUAUCUCCUACAAGGCAGUUUCCUGCUACUGCUUACGGCCGAUAAAUUACAAGGCGACGCUGACCCUAGCGUUGUCAGGGCAUGCGAGACGAUAGUACGGGCGCACGAAGCGUGCGUUGUAACACUGAAUACAGAGUAUCAGCGCAAUUUCCGAAAAGUCAUGCGUUCCGCACUGGCACAAGUCCGCGGCCGCGUCCCAGACGAUUUUGGCGAACAGCAACAACGACGGCGCGAGGUUCUCGCACUUUAUCGCUGGACCGGUGACGGCAGCGGAUUGGCUUUAUGA